UCGACUCGACAGUAAGUCUCGUCGAGUCCGGUCUUGCAGUUUGGUUGGGAUCUAUUGUGUUACUCAUGUUAUACUGCUUAUGUUAAGACUAAAACAGUCUUAAUAUCGAAUAGUCUAAUAGUGGCUUUAUUUGUUAAUCAUCUGUGGACAGACAGACGGACAGCAAAUAAGAAUGACAGAUUAUGAUCUAUCAAAUCGAUGGGAGAUAAAUUUUAUCAAACGGCUUUAGAUUAAGAUUUCUAGAUCAAACUUCAUUGAUUCAGUCUUAAUAUUCCAGCAUUUAAUUGCAAUUUGCAUAUAAACCAGACUAUAAUAUGAUGUGAACUUGCAUGAUAGAAAAUAUUUGUCGGUUAUGGGUGAUAUAGAUGUAAAUGAGGCCUUGGCCUCUUUGGAGGUAUUGAUGUCCGAAUUCUUUGCGCCAACCACAACCAAUUACAGAAAAAGAGAAAUAGAAAGCAUGCUAGAAAAUUUUUCUAACAGGAGAGACUCUUGGAAACAUUGUUUGCUAUUUCUCCAGAAAUCCCAAAACCAGUAUGUGCUCAUGUUCACACUGACAACUUUAGAGAACAUCAUCAAUAGACAAUGGAUAAGUUUAUCAACCAAUGAAAAAACUGAGAUAAGGUUAACACUAUGGAAUGAGUUGAUUUCUAAGCAUGAAAUGAUGGUCUACUUUAUACGUAACAAACUGGCUGCUCUCAUGGUAUCAAUUGCAAGAUAUGAUUGGCCUGACCAGUAUUCUGACUUUUUUAAUAACAUAGUUGAACUUAUAAAUUGCAAUGGACAUCAUUGUAUAUUAGGGUUGGUGCUAGCACAGGCCGCCAGUGAGGAACUGGGUGCUGCCCGUGAUACAGGUGUGUUGCUGCCUUCACAACGGAGGAGCGAGCUGGAGAGACUCAUGCUGAAGGGCAUGCCUCAAUUGUUGGCAGCACUUAGUGGGAUUUUAGAGAAAAAUGCUCAAGAAGGGCAAUCAAAUCCGCCUCCAUCGCCCACUAGUGGGAUACCGCAGAUGUCGGCCCUUCCAGACCUACUGGCAAGUGCUACAGAAGACCAGGCAGCAAGAAAUGUGGACAAAGCCCUUAACGCGGAAAUAGUAGUGAAGUGCCUGACAACACUGCAGCACCUGUUCUCGUGGCUGCCGCUGUCAUCGCACGUGCCGCCGUCACUCGUCACCACCGUGUUCUUCUGGGGCAGCAUCGCCACACAAUCACAUAGCUCUGAAGCGGCGUUGGCGGGGCUGGGCGGCGUAUGCGAGCUGCUGUACCGGCGAUACGCGCCGCCGUCGUCGGCGACCACCGCGCUGCGACUGCACCACUGCGCGCUGCGGCUGCUGCGGCACCUCACGCACAACCCCCACCACAUGCUGCAAGCGCACCACGAUUACCUCAACAAGUUAGCAGAAUUACUGAAACUAUUUGUAUCUUUGCAUUUCAAGAGGCUCGAGGCCGAGCCAGAAUUCGAUGCAAUCGAAUUUCUUUCUUAUCUAUUCCAGUAUACAUUCCAGGUACCUACGUGUGAAAUAUUUGUUAACUGCUUAGAUAUAUGGACACAGUUUAUUGAUAUUUUGAAGCCUGAAGAUACACCAAAAUAUUGGGAGGCGCUACAAGCGCUGGUGACGGGCGUGCUCAACAAGAUACAGUUCCAGCACAACAAGGCGCAGCUGCAACAUCUUGACAACGAAGUGUGUGAUGACGAUGGUGAAACUGAAUGGCACACAUUUCUCAAGCAUUGUAUUGAAUGCAUAGCUCGCGUGGCGGAUUUAGCUCCAUUGGAUGUUUUUACGUCGGUGUUGGAGCGGUGGCAGUGUCUAGCGGGAGUCUACGCUCGAGCGGCGACGCGUUCCGGCGGCGCAGCACCCGAAGCCGACCGCCUGCUCGCCGCGCUGCUUGACCUGGCCACGCUCACCCGGCUGCUGGGCAGACUCGCGCCUGCUCUCAUGGCGGAGCCGGAGCCUCGACGGCGCGGCGGCGUGGCGGCGGGCGGCGCGCUGGUGGAGCGCGUGCUGUGCGCGCUGGGCGCGGCGGCGGGCGCGCGGCCGCACCGCGCCGCGCACUGCCACGCGCAUGCGCGCGCGCUCGUCAUGGUGCACGCGGAGAUGUUCGCGUGCAUGGGCGCGUGGAGCUGCUACGCGGGCGAGUGCGGCGUGCCCGUGCCCGCCAUGGAGGGGCUCUUCGCGUCCGCCGUGCCCUUCCUCACGCCGCACGACUCGCCCGAACCGCCACUUUUGUGUCAUGCGGCAGCGCACUUAUUAUCGAGUCUUUCGAAGAACGUGAAGUUUACGCGAGAGCCUGUGUCGCUAGUGGGCGAUCUAUACCAUCACGCGCAAGUGUCACUGCGAUACCUCGAGACUAAGACAGCGGCAGUAGUUCGCGAGGCGUUAUUGUCUCUGUGCCUGCCGCGUGGCUCAGGCAGUGCUGCCAACAACGGGCCCGCUAGCGGAGACGCAGCCCGCGCGUUGUUAGCCGCGUGGACAGGGGAGCUCAACCGCUGCGGGCCGGCGGUCGCUCUGCCUCCGCUCACAGCCCUGCUGCACUCGUUCGCGCAUGCGCCCACUCUCGCCAAGAAGAUAAUAGCAGAAAGCAUGCAGCCCGCAGCGGAGACGUCCCUGCGCAUGCUUCGGGAACCUGCUUAUGCGCAAGAGGAGGCGGAAAUAACUGAUUUUUUCCUGGCGCUGUUCACUGCGUUGUUACCACAGCUAGGAAACUUUGCGUACACUGCCAUCGAUGUGUUCCUCGAUGUUGCACAGAGGGGCGGCGACGACAGCAGCCUGGAGCGGCUGGUGUCGUGCGUGCGGCUGGGCGUGGAGGCGGGCGGCGGCGGCGUGCGCGUGCGCGCCGUGCUGGAGCUGCUGCUGCGCCACGCGCUGCCGCGCGCCGCGCCCGCCGCGCCCGCGCUCGCCCGCGCCGCGCUGCGCCUCUUGGCCAGUGUUCUAAUCCACCGCUGGCGGUAUUUCUUCAUGCACAAAUGCGACGGCGAAGAGAGUGCGAGAAGAACGAAUGAACUCCGGUCUGGUUUGGCGGCGCUCGGCCGCGCCCUCUUACAACCCGAUAUCGAACUAAUGCGAAUCAAUAUAAACACGCUGGAAGUGUUGAAUACAAAGUGGAAGUUGUACCAUAAGGUGAUCUUCCGCACGGAGUUCCUGUCGCAGUUCCUGUCCGUGCUGCUGGCCACGCUGGCGGAGGGCGGCGCGCGCGCGCUGCUGCGCGAGGAGAUCCUGGGCGCGCUGCACGCCAUGGCGGCCGUGGACUUCACCGCGUUCCGGCAAGCCUUCCUGCCGCACUUCCUCGCCUCGCUCGAUGGGCUAGACCCGACGCAUGUUCACGAGUUGGCCCAGUUUCCAGCCGACACGGAUCUUCCUACAUUUACCCAGAACAUCCAACGACUCAUGAACGACGUGAACUGCUACCGCGCGUAUAACGCUCUCAUGCCAUCUGGACACUCCGCUAUGUCUUAACAUCAAUUUCACGUUGUGUUUGACUGCAGUAUGGACUGAAAGUUAUCAACAGUAUGACUUACGCUCUCCCAAUAUGUCGUUUUACAAGUUCUUUAACCCCAAAGCUAAAGAGAGAGAUGAUAAGACAAAUUGCCCUUCAACGUUAGUGAAUAAGUCCACUGAAGAAGGGCAUAGUUCUCAAACUUCACAAACAGAUUUUGGACAUUAUUUUAAUUUCUUGAAAUUAAUUAGUCAUUAUAAAGAACUUACCUUAUUUAUGGUUUGUUUACCUUUUUGCCUCACGGAAAAAUUAUCUCGGUAUAGAUUUAUUUAAUUGUAGUGUUUGGUGAUGGUCAUGUAAAGUGCUGUAAUGAUGAACACAGUAAUCAUAGAUCAAGUAUGGGAGAGAAUAGAAAUGUUUAAUUUAUGUUAUGUUCUAGAUAGCAAUAAAAUGCAUUUAUAGAGCAUUUUUAAGAGUUUGGUAAAUUUUGUUUGAAUGUUAUAAUGUUUUUUUUUUUACUGAGUUCCUAUCAAUGUGGUCAUCAACAUUGUGUCAUGUAUGAUUGUAAAAAUUAUGAUUAUUGGAAUGGAAGUUACAUUUUCUUCAAUAUUUUUAAGGAGUAAAACCAUUCCGCCUUACUUUUCUGUAAAUAUACAUGACUAGUCAUUGUAAUAUAAGUGUAAUAAUGAUUUGUUAAAAACAAUUCUCUCACAAAAAUUUCGAAAUAUCUUUGUUUAUUCUUAAUCUCUUCAUAUUUUAAGAAAUUUUGAAAGUCUGCAGAUAAUACACACUGAUGAAAUCUAAAUUUCAUGUCAUUCAUAAAAGCAAGGAACAUUAGACAGGUUGCCAAUAAUAACGUUAUAAUUUGUUGAGUAAAAAUAUUAAUUUAACCUUUAUUUCAAUGAAUCCACUGUACUCCGUAAUGGUAGCAGUAAAUUAGGAUAAAAUAAUAGUUAUUAUGCAUAAUUGUGUAUAAUUAUGAUGUAAAGGGGGAUGAAUGGGUGCAAUAUGUGAUAGAUUCAGGUGAUCAUCAACAGAAAUGUUAUGAAAAAACGAAAUUUUUAUAUUGUUAUCAGAUAAGAUGCAAUAUUUUUACAUGUGUAUUUGGAAACUUGUGAUGGAUAUCUGAGUAUAUUAUAUAUUAUGACUUAAUAAACUGCAUUUUUUU